AUGAAGGCUUUAUCUUCACCAGAGUCUCCCAGGCACAGGACUAUGAGAAGGGUGUCUAAACCUCUGAUGGAGAAACGCAGACGGGAGCGAAUCAACCACAGUCUGGAGACAUUGCGACUUCUGAUGCUGGAGAACACCCACAAUGAGAAACUGAAGAAUCCAAAGGUGGAGAAGGCAGAGAUUCUGGAGAGUGUGGUCCAGUUCCUGAAGACAGAGAAGGAGGUGGAGAGAGUCCUCUCCAAAGAGCAGACCUGUGCCCGCCAGCAAAACUACCAUGGCGGUAUGAGGUCCUGUCUGCUGAGGGUCAGCCACUUCAUAGCCACCAAGAGCCAGGGGUCAGAGGACACCGGUGGGGACACAGUUCAGGCUUCUCUUGCGCACCCUUCCUCACCCGGGCACAUCCACAAGGCACUGGCGUGCGCUCCUUCAGGUGACCCGGCCACUCUGACUCCUCAGCAUCUGCCCCACCAUCACCGCCAGCACGAGAUCUCUCAUCCGUACCUUACCCAGAACACCGGCAUGCACUGUGAGACCAGGAAGCUGCUUUCCUCCACCGCAGCGUGCACGAACAUCACUGAUCCUGUGUGGAGGCCCUGGCCCCAGUAA